AUGGCGGGCAAACAUCCAAUUCACAUCCAUCCAGCUCCUUUGUUCUACCGUGUAGCAGCGACGGGCAUUUCAGCGAGCAUGUGGUUCUUCUUGAUGUAUAGAGCGAAAAAAGACGCAGGUCCUGCGUUAUUAGGUUGGAAGCAUCCUUGGGACCAUUGA